AUGGGUAUUGACAUAAAUCAUAAGAAUGAUCGAAAAGUCCGGCGUAAGGCGCCGAAGAGUGAGGAUCCGUACCUCCGAGUUUUGGUAAAGCUAUAUAAGUAUUUGGCUCGCCGAACCAGCAAAAAAUUCAAUAAAAUCAUAACUAAAAGGUUAAUGAUGUCACGUCGUCAUCGCCCGCCGAUGUCACUUGCACGUCUAAUACGAAAUAUGAAGCGCGGUGAUAAUAUGAAAAAAAUAGCAGUUAUAGUGGGGACGGUUACGGACGAUCAUCGCAUAUUUGACGUUCCAAAAUUAACGGUUGCGGCAUUGCAUGUGACGAAAGGAGCGAAAUCUCGUCUUCUUAAAGCAGGUGGUGAAAUUCUAACAUUAGAUCAACUUGCUUUACGGUCACCAUGCGGUGAGAAUACCAUCUUUUUACAAGGUCCUCGGAAGCAUCGUUCAGCAGAGAAGCAUUUCGGAUCUGCUCCAGGUGUACCUCAUAGCCAUACAAGGCCGUUGGUGCGCUCUAAAGGCCGUAAAUUUGAACGUGCUCGAGGUCGUAGAAAGUCACGUGGUUAUAGAAAUUAA